AUGAAACGGGAGCUCAAGAAGAAGUUUGUUCCUGCAAGCUACAAGCAAGAUAUUUUCUCUCGGCUCUACAACUUCAAGCAAGAGGAGUUGACCGUAGAGGAAUACACCGCGGAGUUUGAGCAUCUCAUGAUGAAGUGCGAUCUCGUGGAGCCCGAGGAACAAACCAUUGCUCGGUACCUUGGUGGUCUUCGAUCCGAGAUUCGUAACGUGGUCCAAUUGCAACUUUAUUGGACUUUCGAGAAUGUUUGCAAGCUGGUCGUUCGUGUGGAGAAGCAAUCUAAGGAGAAAAGUACUCAUAAGACCUUGGGAAGAGACGGGGUCUCUAACCGGUGGAGUUCUCCGACUCCGAAGUCAUCAUCGACUGGUAAGGCUUCUUCUUCCAAGGCUACAACCGCACAAGGUGGCACUUCUCGCAACACUUCAAGCACGAUAUCAAAACAAUGCUUUAAGUGUCGAGAAUUUGGUCACAUCGCUUCCGAGUGCCCGAAUCGAAAGAUUAUUUCCUUAGUGGAGGAAGCUAAUGAUGAGCCGGUGUAUGACACUUACGACGACAAGGAGAAUGAGGUUGAGCAAGAAGAGGUCACUUAUGGUGAUCAAGGGAAGGCUCUCGUCGUUCAACGCAUCUUGAAGUCCGCACAUGUUGAGGACGAUAAGUGGUUGCAGCAUAACAUCUUCCACACCCGAUGCACUUCCCAUGGCAAAGUGUGCACGGUCAUUAUCGAUAGUGGGAGUUGUGAGAAUGUCAUUUCCACUACCAUGGUGGAAAAGUUGCACCUCAAGGUGGAGCCUCAUCCGGAUCCGUACAAGCUCUCUUGGCUCAAGAAAGAUAACGAUGUUCAUGUCAAUAAACGUUGCUUGGUGCAAUUCUCUAUUGGCACGCAUUAUAAGGAUGAGAUUAUGUGCGAUGUGGAAGGUGUCAAGAUUAUUCUAGCACCUUGUAGAAUGGAGGACAAGUCUAAGGCCGUCACGGAAGAAGGGAGCUCUUAUCUCUCUAAAUCUCAAUUUCUCCAAGUCAUGGAUCGUUCUUCGAAGGCUUAUGCACCCGUGCUCUUGGACGAGAAUGACGAACGAGGGGAUAUUCCACCCGUAGUGAAGUCUUUGCUCGAAGAAUUUCGAGAUGUGGUGCCUAAUGAGAUUCCGUCGGGACUUCCUCCCAUGCGGGAUAUUCAACAUCAUAUUGAUUUGGUGCCCAGGGCUGCUAUCCCAAGUAAGGCGGCGUAUCAAAUGAGUCCAAAGGAACAUGAGGAGCUUCAACGCCAAGUCGACGAACUUUUGCAUAAGGGGUUGAUUCGGGAAAGUUUGAGCCCUUGUGCAGUUCCCGCUAUUCUCAUGCCAAAGAAGGAUCGAUCUUGGAGGAUGUGCAUUGAUAGUCGGGCUGUGAAUAAGAUCACCAUCAAGAGCGGAUAUCAUCAAAUUCGAAUGCGUCUCGGAGACGAGUGGAAGACGGCAUUCAAGACGAGAGAUGGUCUCUGCGAGUGGCUAAUUAUGCCAUUUGGCCUCUCUAAUGCCUCGAGUACUUUCAUGCGCCUCAUGAACCAUGUGUUGAAAGCUUUCAUCGGCAAGUUCUUGGUCGUCUACUUUGAUGAUAUUUUGAUCUAUAGUAUCAGCGUGGAGGAGCACUUGGAGCAUCUUUAA